AAAGGAAAAAAUGGAUAAACUGGACCUCAUCAAAAUAAAAGCUUCUGCUCUUCGAAGGUCACUGUAAAGAGAAAGAAAACGCAGCCGCAGACUGGGAGACAUCCCUGCGGGUGACACAGACUGACAGACGGCGGCCCGGCGCCCAGAACACACCGAGGGGCCUCGAGAGUCAACAACGAGCGGACAACGGCAAUUUUUAAAAAUGGACAACAAUCCCCUGUGCGGCCACCCUCCGAACACAAAACAAACAACGGACCGAGCACGUGGACGCUUUGCCAAAGAAAACAGUGCGACCAGUACCGCAAGGGCAUCAUCUCGGGCUCCAUCUGCCAGGACCUGUGCGAGCGGCACAGGGUGGAGUGGGGAGCCUGCCUCUCGACGGCCCCGGGUCAGCAGGUAUGCCCGCGGCAGGGCGGGGGCCUGGGACUGAUGCCGCCCAUGUGCUGGGAGGGGGACUUCUGCACGAGGAUCCCUGUGGCCCCAUCCAGGUGUACAGCGGGCUCUGGCAGGACAAGGUGGUGACUAUUAAGUGUGGCAUCGAGGGGGCCCUGAACUCCAAGGCCCAGUCAGAUUUGGGCCCCCGACGGGAGCUGGUGCUGUUUGACAAGCCCACCAGGGGCACCUCGAUUAAGGAGUUCCGGGAGAUGACCCUCAGCUUCCUCAAGGCGAACCUGGGAGACCUGCCUUCCCUGCCGGCUCUGGUUGGCCAGGUCCUGUUUAUGGCUGACUUCAACAAAGAUGGCAGGGUGUCCCUGGCUGAGGCCAAGUCCGUGUGGGCCCUGCUGCGGCGCAAUGAGUUCCUGCUGCUGCUGUCCCUGCGGGAGAAGGAACAUGCUUCCAGGCUCCUGGGCUACUGCGGGGACCUCUACCUCACCGAAGGCGCCCCCCAUAGCUCCUGGCCGGGGGCCGUGCUGCCACCCCUCCUGCGCCCACUUCUGCCCCCCGCCUUCCACCGGGCCCUUCAGCAGUGGUUUGGGCCCGCCUGGCCCUGGCGGGCCAAGAUCGCCAUCGGCUUGCUGGAGUUCGUGGAGGAACUGUUUCACGGCUCUUAUGGGACCUUCUACAUGUGUGAGACCACGCUGGCCAACGUGGGCUACACGGCCACCUAUGACUUCAAGAUGGCGGACCUGCAGCAGGUGGCGCCCGAGGCCGCCGUGCGUCGCUUCCUGCAGGGCCGCCACUGCGAGAACAGUGCUGACUGCACCUAUGGGCACGACUGCAGGGCCCCGUGCGACAGGCUCAUACGGCAGUGCAAGGGUGACCUCAUCCGGCCCAACCUGGCCAAGGUGUGCGAACUGCUGCGGGACUACCUGCUGCCUGGCGCCCCAGGUGCUCUCCGUGAGGAGCUGGGCCAGCAGCUGCGCACCUGCAGCACACUGAGUGGCCUGGCCAGCCAGGUGGAGGCGCACCACUCGCUGGUGCUCAGCCACCUCAAGACCCUGCUCUGGAAGGAGAUCUCCAACACCAAGUACUCCUGAUGUCCCCCCCCAGCCCUCCCUCCACUCCCUCCUGGACGCCAGGAACUGGGGUGGGGGCCGAGGUUCCAGCAGCCCAGGGCAGCAGCUGUCACCCUGUCCCUCAAGGUGACCCCACUGCAAAGUCCCACCCCCAGUGUUCAGGGCUCUCUGGGUUCAACAAGUCACAGACAGGUGGGACUCUCUGGGCUGAGACAGGAAAGGCAGGAGGGGGAGAGUUCCCGGAGCUUAACCAUGGAGGGCUGGCCGAGGGGCCCACCCAGGCCCAGGUGGGUUUUGAACAUGAUGUAAAUAAACAGCUUUUAUGUA